AUGCUCUUCAGCACGAAAACGUCCGGAACAAUGAGCGCCUCCGAGGGAGAAGACGAGCCGUGUUCUAGUCACUCGUUUUAUGACAUGUCGUUGAUCGGAAGGUCUGAAAUGGCCACCGUCGAAAUAUGCAGAGUUUGUGGGAAGAACGCGGCAGGGAAGCAUUAUUCGGUGCCCGCAUGCCACGGCUGCAAAUCCUUCUUCCGACGUGCAAUUCUCCACAAAACAGUGUAUCCCGAGUGUAAAUACGAUAAGCUUUGUUUCUCGCGAGCCUCCCGAGCAGUCCGUCCGAGGAAGUGUCGAAAUUGUCGGUUACAAAAAUGUUACGCCGUUGGGAUGGUGGCAAUGGUAGCGAUUCAUCGGAAACAGGAUAGUCCGCCACACUCGGCGAGGAGCUCCGAUAGUGAGCUACCGGAUUUGCGGAUGCCAUCUCCAAUAGCAACACGCGAGAAUUAUGUGUCAGGGAUUAUCGAUAAGCUUCACAAUCUGGACAUUCAAACUGACAAAUUCCGGAAAUCGGCUUACAACCCGCUUUUCAUUCCGAGUCUCGAAGGGGUUUUGGCGUCAUCUGGCAAGCUGGAUUUAGCGGAUAAAUACGGGGCAAUGUCUGGUUGGCCGAUUACUCAAGAGAGCUUUAACGAGCAGCAAGUUAUGAUAAAUCAGAUCAAGACGGAUUCGUUCCAGAGUCACUCCCUUGCUCUCACAACAUCAGGAGCUAACUUUGGGAUUAAUACAAAAGAAUGGCUAAGUUUCGAUAUGCUGACAGCUAUAGAGUAUGCGAAGACAUUUCCGUUUUUUCAACAAUUGCCGUCUAAUGAUAAGAUCCUCCUAACGAAAGCCACCACAUUCAUGAAUCUCGCUCUCACCUCUUCCUACGCCUCAUUCCUCUCCAAAAUGGCUGUUCUUCAAAUGCCCGACGGAAUAUGCAUUUCCGGACCAGCAGGACAGUAUGGAUCUUCUUUUCUUUAUGUUGUUUUCGGUGUUUCUUAG